AUGCUAACGCGCAAACAAACAAAAACAACACCAGCAACCCCAGCAGCAGUAGCAGCAGAAGCAGCAGCAGCAGCAGCAGCUACAGCUGCAGCAGUAGCAGCGGCUGCUGCAGCUGCAGCAGCAGCAGCAGCAGCAACGACAGCAACAGAAGCCGCAGCAACAGCUGCGGCAACAACAACAGCAGCAGCAACAACAGCAGCAACAGCAGCAGCAACAACGGCAGCAACAGCAGCAGCAACAACAGCUGCAAGAGCUGCAACAGCAGCAGCAGCAGCAGCAGCAGCAGCAGAGUUGCAGUCUCCCCAGCAGCAACAGCAGCAACAACAACAGCAGCAGCAGCUACAUUUCUCCGCUGUGGUCUGCAUCGAGUCUGUUGUAAACCCUCACAAACCCUAA